CUCCCCACCAACACAUCGAUCCCGCGAGAUCAUUCUCAAUCGCAACCCACCGUGGCCUACUCAAUCCGUCUACCUUCAAGCGCAAUUCGCACUUUCUCAACCAAAUCCACCACCAUGGCAAAGGAACCGCAAACAAUCUACCUCAUCCGCCACGCUCAAGCCCUCCACAACGUCAAUGACCGCUACCACAUCCCCGACCCACCCCUAACCUCCCUGGGAUUGCAACAAGCCCGCGAUUUCAGCACAGAAUACCCAGAUAUCCCAUCCUCCGUCGACCUCAUCGUUUCUUCCCCACUCAUCCGGACGAUCCAGACGAGUUUGUUGGCGUUUGAAUCCAAGAAGGGGGAGGUGAAAUUCGAGCUCAUGGCCGAACUCCAAGAAGUCUCCGAGAUGCCCUGCGACACUCCUUCCACCGCCUCCGAAACUUCCUCCCACUUCCCCGCUCUUUCCACUCAACUCUCCUCUCUCACCGCCAACUACCACUCCAAAUCCGGACCCUGGUCAUCCGACGAAUCUGCCGUGCGCUCCCGUGCUGCCCACGUCCUCCGAUCACUCAAGGCGCGGCCAGAGAGGAACAUUGCGGUUGUUACGCAUGGUGGAUUUUUGGCGAUGUUG